GCUGCCGGUUCAAUUGAAGUCCAGCCGGCCCUAAUGUCACCGUAGUACACUCGCGUGGCUGGAGACGCAAGGGCGGCUUCGAGGGCUGCCUGUCACGGUUCGCAGUGUGAUUGCUGAAUCAGGAGAGAACAGAGGAAACACCGUUGUUCCGGGCGCGUGUGAGCCAGAAGAUAUUCGCAACACGGAAGGAUCGCAAGGCUUGCCAGCGGUAUCGGUCAUCCUGCUCAGUCUACGCUAACAAGACUUCUGUGUCCGGGAUGGCCACAGCACCUGCCGAGUGGAAAAGCGAUACCCGUUACUCCCUUCGCGAGCUCGAGCGUUGGGCCGAUCAAGGGCACAGGAAGCCACUGGAUGACUUAUUCAGAGCGUGGAGGGGAAUCCAGCAGCUUCCCCCCGAUGAUCCCAACAGCUACUGGGCAAUCGCCGGGUACCACGGGAUACCUUUGGCUCCUUUCGACCCGGAUCAGCCCCACCUGCCGCCGCCGUUCGCCUGGUGGGGAGGGUUUUGUCAUCACGGGAACGUACUCUUCCCGAUGUGGCAUCGUGCGUACGUGCACCAUCUAGAAAAUGCCCUACGUACUCAGGUUCCGGAUGUGACCAUGGCCUACUGGGACAAAGGUUCAAAGGAUUCGCGCAACUAUGGCAUGCCGGCGAGCCUCACGGACGAGUUUAUCAAACUAGAUGGGGAGGUGGUUCGGAACCCGCUGCAGCGCUUCACGUUUCCCGUGGAUAUCGAAUCAUCGGCACAGUUCAAGAGCCCGACGAAACCGUCAGUUGCUGACUUCUCCAAACGCGCGGGCACGCACACGGUGCGGUACCCGAUGUCGACGUUCUAUGCGAGCAAGGUUGAGGAGGUUGCUGCGGCCGGUCAAGCCCACAACGCUGCCAUACGGAAGCGGUACCCUCGCUACGAAGAUCAGCUGAGAGCUCUCAACCUGAACAUCAGGCUUGCCCUCGUCGGAGACGCUCAGGAUGAUUUGUCCGUGGACUGCGACGGAACGACAGACGGGGAAACCUACGCGCGCUUGGGGCGCUGCCUUGAGGCCCCAAACUUCAACAUCCUCUCGAACAACACCAGCACGGGUAAGUGGUACACGUCCGUGGAACAACCUCAUGACGAGAUUCACCUCGCCAUUGGUGGUCAAGACCACCAGCCUAUCAAGACCGAGGUACCCAAGAUGUACGACAAGAACGGCGAUUUGUCGAAGAACACGAAGGCGGUCGUGGCACAGAUCAUGGGGAGCAACGGUGACAUGGGGGAGAACGAGACGGCGGCUUUCGACCCUGUGUUCUUCUUCCACCACUGCAACAUCGACCGAAUGAUCUGGAUCUGGCAAAAGAAGUGGGGUAAGACUGCCGAGGGCUCCAUCGAGAUCGAUCCCUCUGACAUGGAGGGGACCUACGGACAGUCCCCGUCGGGGCAGGGGGGCACGCGGGCGAUCCCUGGAACCACCAAGCUAACGAUGGAUACCCCUCUGCACCCGUUCAAGUUGCCGUCAGGGGAGUAUGUCACAUCACGUGACGUUGUCGACCUGCGGUCCCAGCUCGGGAGAGACUACAGCUUGGGAUCGUUUGACAAGGUGGAGUGGCCGCGCGAAGUGAUCGAAAAGCCGGGGCCUGAGGUCAUCUUGAGCGUGAUCAACAUCAACAAAGCCAGCUUCUUGGGCUCCUUCAGAGUGAUCGUGUCUCAUAAGGACCCUGUCAGUGGGACGGUAACUCCGGUUGCUAGCGUCAGCGUGCUAAGCCGAUGGAACCUCAAGAGGUGCAAGAACUGCCAGAUUCAUCUUUCGAGGGACGUUCACGUCGACAUCACCAGCGUCAAACGCCGGUUUCCCUUACAGGAGGACAUCACCAAGCACAGCUACACCGUGGACUUCGUAGAUCGCAGUUCAUCGGAUGAGCGGCGAGUGGUUGCAAGCGGGCGGUACGUAGAUGGAGAGUGGAAGCUUCUCGUCGGUCGAGAAAAGAUAGAGUCGGUUCGGAUCGAAAUAGACGAAAGGGACUAGAGAGCAUGCAGAGUUUCGCGCACUCAAUACAGACGGCGGGCAUGCGUCCAGCAACCCAUAGCAGCAAGGCCACGUGAAUUGAUCCAGAAGCGCGGCCGAAGUGUGGUGGUUGGACAGGCUAGAAUCUGCUGGUAUGAGCGAUGCCUUUGAGAACGGAUUUGAAGCGGGGACCAUUUACAGAUGAAAAAAAUGGAUUCGACUUUUGUGCGAGAGGAAUUUUGCGGCACGUUCCUCCUUUGUCACUAUUUUUAAGCUUUGUUCGGGGUGGAUUUUGUUACAAUGCGGUCAGCACACAAAAAGUCCUGUCCGUUUACUUGUAUUUGGGACCCGGGCUUCCUUUAGCGCAUACCAGCAUUCUUGUCACAAAUUUUUGGUUAGUACAUUUGCAUUUUUAUUUGAAGUGUAUUUAUACGUGCUGUGUUUUGGGAUUGACCUCUCUUCACAGAUCAGGUCAUUGAGCCGAACGAAUUUUGGAAAUACACUAAAGGAGGGGGGUGAGCUGGUGAGGGAAGCAAGAAGCUGCAUGCGAAGUCAUCGCCGCACGCUUAGUGGUAGCACCCUGGACGGUCUCAUUUCUCAGUUACUGAUGGGGGUGAUGAGUAGAGCGUAUAUUGAAUACGAAUCGACACUGUUUUUUUUUAUUUCCUGUAGUAUGGUGCAUUCCCUUACCUCACAAUGUUUCGUGAGGUUUACCAUUUGUUGUCGGUGCGUGACGUAAAAAGGUGUUCAAUAGUAAGCCGUGGGCUUUGCAUUUACUUUCUUGCGCACGGAUUAGCUUUUGAAUGGUAGUCAUGAAUAAGAUAUACACAUCACCACAAGGUGUUGACGUGUUGCUAUCGGUGGUGGGCUUGACCCUCUCUCUUGUGCGUGAGGAGGUGGCGCGCCUGCGGGUCACGGUAGAUUGUGCCCCGCGUUACGUCUGUGGUGUCCUUGUGAUCAAUCGGGACNGGGGGGGGGGGGGGGGGGGGGGGGGGGGGGGGGGGGGGGGGGGGGGGGGGGGGGGGGUUGCUGAUUUCAAUGGCGCUUGUGGAGCCCUUCUCGUUUGUCAAACAAGGUGCCAAAGAAAAGCUUGGGGGUAGAACAUGGUUUUGUGCUUGUGCGCUCGUGCUUCGGCUUCAGAGCGAGCGUGAAAACGUCGGGGGGUGUUGUUGGAAUUGGUGUUAUCACGAGGUGCUGAAGUGUAUCUCUGUUGUUUCUAUAUGUGGAGAGAGAUAGGGCAUGGUCCAGGCGAACCGACCUAUGUCCCGGCUGCAGAAGUGGAAGAGACAGACGGGCAGGCAAAAGCGGGAGCACAAGGUUAUGGACCAACAUCCCCCAUGCGCGUGUGCUCCGUCAUCGGCGCCGUUCGAACGCGUAUUUUUCCUCCGAUGGUAGUCGAUUGCGAACUCUUCUAUACGAAGGCGUUCGAAAAGGUGCACUCAAAGGAAAAUUUGGUAGACAGCCGUUCAGCUUCGCUCGCAAGGUGCACAUGCGACCUCAAGGGCGUAAGUCAGCACCCGUGAUCCGUUUGCCUUUCUUGUGGGGUGUUUUUUUCUAGUUUUGUGAUUGAGGUGGUGGCGUGGCCGGUGCUACGACUGGCAUAGAUGAGGUGGCUUGUUUUCGUGCUCUGCG